AUGGCAGAUAAGCCAGAUCAGAAUGAUGAUAUACUCGAUGGAAUUUAUCCUCGAAUGAAUAUUUUACAAGCGGAAAAAAUUGGUUUUACAGAUAUUGAUGAAUAUUUUAUGGGACAUGUCAAACGUGGUACAGCUAUUAUUAUCAAUAAUAGAGAUUUUCAUCCAAAUACAGGAUUAAAUACACGUGAUGGAACAAAUAUGGAUGCUAGCCGAUUAGAUAUGACUCUUUCUGAUCUUGGUUUUGAUACAAAAGUAUAUCAUAAUCGAACAGCAUUACAAAUAUUAACAAUUGUUGAACAAGAAGCCAAAGCAGAUCAUUCAGAAUGUGAUGCUUUUAUAUUUGUUUUAUUAUCACAUGGAGAUGAACGAGAUAUUGUCUAUGGUUUCGACCAACCACUUAAUAUAAGUGCUUUAACCGAACCAUUUAAACGAUCAGCUAAUACACUUCUUGGAAAACCAAAACUUUUUAUUUUUCAAGCAUGUCGUGGUCAAAAAGUUAUGACAUCUCAUCAAAAGUUACCCCAAAAAGAUAAUAAUGAAAUGCUUGGUAUUACAUCACAUAUACCCGCUGAAGCUGAUUUUUUAUUAGUUUAUUCAACUAUACCCGGUUAUUAUGCAUGGCGUAAUUCAAUGAAAGGUUCAUGGUUUAUUCAAGCACUAUGCGAUAUGUUAAAUAAACAUAGUCAUGAAUGGGAUUUUUUAAGAAUUUUAACUAAAGUUAAUCGCCGUGUUGCAAUGGAUUAUCAUUCAAAUUGUUCGGAUCCUUAUAUGAAUCAACGUCAACAAAUUCCUGUUUUUGUUUCAACAUUAACAAAAGAUCUUAAAUUAUUUUCGAAAUUCAAAUAA